GCAAUAACCCUAGCAGACGAGUUCACCUUCCACAUGCUCAGGGGAGGGGAAGCGUCCUCCCACUCCCCCCUUGGAAAUGCGAACGCCCAACUACACUGGAAUCCUUCCGCCCCAGGCUGAGAAGACUUUCCUUCCUCUACCUGACCACCGUAGCCCAUCCUCUUGGGCUUCCUCCUGGCUGGUAAUUCGCUCAAGGCCUACCAAGAAAAGGAACCCGAAGAAAACCCUGGGAUAAGUAGAAGAGAGGAAGCGGACGGGACGCAGACGCGCGCGCCGCGCUACGUAUUGCGUGCGCGAGGUGCUGCGUGCACCGCAGGGGACCCCGGCUCUGGCUUGCGUCACUCGGCCGGCGCCCGCCCGGAAGCCGCUUCUGUUUUCCCCUCCCGGUUUCCACUUGCCCGGGGCGGUGGCGGCCUAGGUGGUUUGUCCUUCCCCGAGGCUCUAAUUGAGUUUGGCGCACCCCGAUGGAGGAAGCGGUGUGCGCGGCCGCUGCCCCGGACCCCAGCAGCUCCGGCGCCACGGUGAAGGAAGAAGGGGCGGCUGCGACGGCCCCGGCGGCCUGUAUGGGGAUGUGAGAAGUCUCAGAAUUGAAGAUUGUGUCACCCAGCCUCUAGUACCAGCAGUUUCUCUGUUCUGUGAUCAAUGUGACUCACCUGAACACUUUAGUAGUUAACGAGAUGAGCCAGGAUCGUGGAAAAUAUGACUUUUAUAUUGGUCUGGGAUUGGCUAUGAGCUCCAGCAUAUUCAUUGGAGGAAGCUUCAUUUUAAAAAAGAAAGGUCUCUUAAGGCUAGCCAGAAAAGGCUCCAUGAGAGCAGGUCAAGGUGGCCAUGCAUAUCUUAAAGAGUGGUUGUGGUGGGCUGGACUACUAUCAAUGGGAGCUGGUGAGGUGGCCAACUUUGCUGCUUAUGCAUUUGCACCAGCCACGUUAGUGACUCCAUUAGGAGCUCUUAGUGUUCUUGUAAGUGCCAUCCUUUCAUCAUACUUUCUAAAUGAAAGACUUAAUCUUCAUGGAAAAAUUGGAUGUUUAUUAAGUAUUUUAGGGUCUACUGUUAUGGUAAUUCAUGCUCCAAAAGAGGAGGAGAUAGAGACUCUAAAUGAGAUGUCUCAUAAGCUGGGAGAUCCAGGUUUUGUGGUCUUUGCAACAUUGGUUGUCAUUGUGUCCUUGAUAUUAAUUUUUGUGGUAGGACCUCGACAUGGACAAACAAACAUACUUGUUUACAUAACAAUCUGCUCUGUAAUUGGAGCAUUUUCCGUCUCUUGUGUUAAAGGCCUGGGAAUUGCUAUUAAAGAACUUUUUGCAGGGAGGCCUGUGCUGAGGCACCCACUGUCCUGGAUUCUGCUGCUAAGCCUUAUACUCUGUGUAAGUACACAGAUAAAUUAUUUAAACAGGGCCCUGGAUAUAUUUAAUACAUCCAUAGUGACUCCAAUAUAUUAUGUAUUCUUCACUACAUCUGUUUUAACUUGUUCAGCUAUUCUUUUUAAAGAGUGGCAAAACAUGCCUGUCGAUGACAUUAUUGGCACUUUGAGUGGCUUCCUUACAAUCAUUGUGGGAAUCUUUUUAUUGCAUGCCUUUAAAGAUGUCAGUUUUAGUCUAGCUAGUCUGCCUGUAUCUUUUAGAAAAGAUGAAAAAGUAGUGAAUGGCAAUCUGUCCAAUUUGUAUGAAGUCUUUAAUAAUAAUGAAGGAAACUUAGCCUGUGGAAGUGAGCAACAAAGUGGUGAAAACAUCUCCAGAAGAAAUGGAAAUCUGAUGACUUUUUGAAAAUAGAUAUAAUUUUUAAAGACUUAAUCUGUAAUUGUGUGGUUUUUUUUCUGUGUGUUGGGGUUUUUUUGGCUGUAAAAUGAGCUUGUCUGAAAAUAGAAAUUGUCAUUUUAAAUGCUGUCUAGAGACAAUCUUUUUUAAAACGGUUUCACCAAUUUGGACAAGAACAAUAAUGACUUGACUUUUCUUAUAUAUGAAGUAUAAGACAAUUCAGUAAGAUGGGUUGGUUUUGGUUUCUAUUAACAUAGAAUAAUUGUAUGAUUUUAAAUUUCACAUCUUUCAUCAAAAAAACCCAAACCUUAUUGCACUGACAGUUUUAAUUAUAAAAAUAAAAUGCUUUAUUUCUUCAUUGUUGAUAAGGACUGAAAUGAACACUUGUCAUUUACCAAAUGACAAUGCAUUAACAUUUCCUUAUUCUUCCACUACAUGGAAGAACAAAAUAUUCCAAUAUAAUAUCCUGUGGAUUACACAGUUAUGACUCAUGUUGGAUGAGUCAUGAAUUAGUUUAUAAUUGACAUUAAUAGAUUAUGGAAAAUGAGAAAUACAAUUACUUGAAUUUUGAAGAAUUUUGAAUGAAUCUAAAGUUAAGCAAAAUGGAUAAGAAAUAAUUUUUGGCUCAGUUGUAAGGGUGAUUUUCUGACACAUAGUUUGCCUUGUCAAGUGAAUACAGUGUCCGUGUAAACUCUAGGUAUUUAUGAAUGGUUCAGUUACCACAUUGAAAAUACUUAAUGUACAAAUUUGAGGAAUUUCUUUAAAAUGCAGUUUAACAAUUCUUGGCAAAAGUGUUUUUAUUCCCUUGUGCCUUGCUGACCUUAAAGCAUUAUAUGAAUGUGAGUUAUUAUCAAUAAUUCUGCAUUUUGUACUAUUAUUCAUGUUCUAUUGUAGUACCAGUUAUUACACUGGAAGGACUUCUGAAAUCCCUUAACCUAUUGAGAUUUGUGUGGCACUUUCAUUCUUAUAGUUAGAAAUUUGAAUGUUGUUCAAGAUGAUUAUGAGGAAGGGUCUUCAGUUUCUAGGGGGUGGAGAAGCUUAAAUACAUUUGUAAAGUUGUGUUUCUGUGUGACAGUUUGUAUUAGCUCAUUUGAUAUUCACCACAAUAUGGUGAGAGAAGCCUGUUAGUAUUACAUCACAGGUGAGGAAAGAGUUUUACUGGUUAAGUGAGGAAGCCAAGAAUGUAUCCAGUCUUCUUUUCACUAAGCCAUAAACUGUAUUUUUUAAAUACUUAGAAACAAAGUGAGAGAAGAAAUUACUUUCCCAAAAGCCAAAAGGCCUGCAGAACUGAUGUAACUACCGUCUUUAGUCUAAGAUUGUGGAAUUUAGAGACAACAUAUCAGUCUGGUUUUCCUCAUAACCAAACAUAUAAUCCUAGAAUUUUAAUUACUAAUUUCUAAUGUAAAAUGCAUUAUAAUUAUUAUCCAUAACAAGUUUUCCUUUUUAAAUAAUAAUUUUGCUAGAUAACUCUGAAAGUUGACCCCCCAAAUUAAAUCUUUUUUCCAAAUUGAUAACUUUUAAGAAUAAUAAUCAAAUGAGUUAUUGCUUCUAUCACUUAAUUUUUUUUUUUUUUUGCUGGGUAAUGAGGGUUAAGUGACUUGCCCAGGGUCACACAGCUAGUAAGUGUCAAGUGUCUGAGGCCAGAUUUGAACUCAGGUCCUCCUGAAUCCAGGGCCAGUGCUUUAUCCACUGUGCCACCUAGCUGCCCCUAUCACUUAAAUUUUACAGGAUUAGAUUUAUAAUUGUUUAAUCAGAAAUAUCUAGGAAUAAAUAUUCCUAUCACUUGAAGAGCCUUAAUAAACAUUAUUCACAAAUGUUACCAGGCAUCUUUUUUUCAAUUCCAGGUUAAUAGCAUAGCAAAAGAAACUAGAUGAUUUAUAUUAAUAAAUGAUACCAAUGUAAAAUUUUAAGUGAAACCCCCCCCCCCAAAUUUACAUAGCCAUUUAAAAAUUGCCACUUCAAAGACUUUCAGUAUUAGAAGAAACCCGAGAUACCAUCAAGUCUAACCUAUAUAGGAAAAGAAUUCCCAUUUACAGCGUUCCCAGUAAGUGACUCAGUGACUCUCCAGCUUUUGUUUGAAGACCCACUCAGGCAGUCCAUUACACUUUUGGUUAGUUCCAAGUGUUAGAAAUUUGCAUCUUUGUUCAUUCCAUUAUUCCUAUUUGUGCCCUCUAAGGUCAAGCCCAAAGAAAUUUUAAUUCCUUGUCCACAUGGCAGCCUUUCAGAUUUAAUCAGAUUGAGUUGUUUUUCUGAAUCUCCUCCAGAUUAAACACCCCUGAUUCCUUUCACCACUUCUCAUUUGGCAUGAAUAUGAGACUCUUCACCAUUCUGGUCACCCUUCUCUGGACAGUCUAACACUUAUUAAUGCCCUUCCUAAACUGGGAUGGCCACAGCUGAAUAUAGUAUUCUAGAGGAGGUCUUACAAGGGCAGAAUACAGUGGGUUGACACUUCCUUACACUUGCAAAUUAUUCUUCUCUUAAUGUAGUCUAUCAUCAUGUUAGCUUUUUUGAGCACACUAAUUUUCUUUUCUGCCAUCUGUAUCACACUGUUGAUUUGUGUUGAGGUUAUUGUGGUCCAUUAAGAUCCCCAGAUCUUUCAAACUAUUAUGCUAUACCUUGUAAUUAUGAGAUAGGUUUUUUGGUACUCUAGGGUGAGGUUUUAUGUUGUUUAUCUCUAUUAUCAUCUAAGUGUUGUAGCCUAGUUAAAUCAUUUUUGGAUCUUAAAUCUGCCAUCCAGGAGAGCCUUCCCAGUUUUAUCAUCUGCAAAUUAGAUUAGGAUGCCACCUAUGCUUUUGUCCAAGCUACUGAUAUCUUGAUAUGGAACCACUACUUGUACUGCCAUCCCAUACUUCCCCAUAUUUUCUGCAACAGCAUGAGACUUUAUUACAUGUUUUUCUAGGAUCUAGGCAAAUAUAUAGCUUUCUCCUGACUUAAUUUACAAAUAGGAAAUAAGGUUACCUAUUCUUGAUGAAGUCUUGUGGGGUUUUUGAUUUUAGCAUUUUCUCAAGAGUUAAAAUAAAACUUGGUGACCUAUUGUUUUCAGUUAUCUCUUCUCUUUUUGAAAAUCAGGGUAGCAUUUACCCAUCUCCAGUCCUGCGGUAUUGCUGUUUUCCACAGCCUUCUGGAUAUCUGACAGUGGUUCUUCAAUCAUAUCUUCCAGUUUUUUCCUAGUACCCAAGUAUGUAGUUCUUCUGAGACAGGUGACAUGAAUUCAUCAAGGACAGCUAGGUGCUGCUUUCUUGCCAUCUUUCAUUGAGCAUUAACUCCCUAGCUUCCUUUUCUAGCCUGAUGGUUGUUCUCCCUGGUAGAGAAAAUAAGCAUAAUAAAAACUGAAUAUUUCUGCCUUUCCUAUACUGUCAGUUACUGUUCUUGCCACACUGAAGAAUUACUUGUCCUAACUCUCCCUUGAUCCCUCUUUCUUUUCCAGUAUAGCCAAUGAGAAAGGCAUUUUCUUGUCCUCCUUGCCAGCCUCAGAUCAUUCUAAGAUUUAGUAUUCUCAAUACUUUUCUUAAAAGAAUUGCACUGUGCUUUUAUCUUUGUUACCUGACUUUGCUUCUGUUCCCUGAUUGUCCCACCUACCCCCAAUAUAAGUUGGUAGUGAGUGCUUGUACUUCUUCAGUUCCUUUAUCUUGAGGAUUUCAUUAUUUAGAACCUCUCAUCCCUCCGGGACUAACUUUACUUGUAGCAUUUCAGUCCGUGGGAUCAUAACUAGCCACCCUUUCCAGUAAAUUUUUGAAGUCUGUUUUCCUUAAAUGUAGGCCAAAUGUUAGAUCAUGCUUCUCACUUUAUUACAAACUGUGGUGAAUAUGAGAAGGAUCUUCUUGAGCAACUCAAAUAGAAAUAGGGUUCACUAAUCUGUACAUAAAGGUUGCUGUAGGCUGCAUAUUAACUUUUAAAUGUAAUUAUUUACAUGUUAUGUUUUUAUUGACUGUUUCCCAAUUACAUUUAAUUUCGUUUAGGCCACUAUUGUGGCCACAUGUUCAUUCCUCUUUAUGGGAAUCAGAUCCAGAAUAGAUUUCAUUCUGAAGAAAAUUAUCAUUAAGGUAAGAUAAGAAAUUAAUAGUUCUUUUCAAAUGCAGAGGGAAAUCCAGCUAAUGUUUAGAUAACUGGGUAGGGGGCAGCUAGGUGGCGCCGUGGAUAAAGAAAGCACCAGCCCUGGAUUCAGGAAGACCUGAGUUAAAAUUUGGCUUUAGACACUUGGCACUAGUUGUGUGACCCUGGGCAAGUCAUUUAACCCUCAUUGUCCCCCCCCCCCCCAAACUGGAUAAACAUCAGUACUUUUAUCAUGCCUUGUCAUUUAGUUUAGUCUUAGAUAACAAAAAUUGCUUUUCUUUGUGGCAUUAUUGAUUUUAACCCCAAUGUUCCUGUUUUUCCUCUCUGCUUCCUAGAUUUCUUCACCUGAAAAUAUAUAUUAUAAACAUAGAAUGGUUUCUCCUUCCCUUUUCCUGUUUCUUUUAAAGUAUUUUGUUUUAAAAAGAAAUAUUAUAGUCACCCUGCCCCUGUUCCAGGUAUGGCCUAAUUCUGCCAGGGUUCAAAGAUAACUGAAGUCAGAUUUUCUUCCUUGCAUUUUAAACUUUAUUUCAUCUUACUCGUGUGUAUCCCCACAAAAAAAAACAAAAACAAAACUUCAGAAAUUGUAUGGUAAUUACACCCAGUUCUGUCAUACUGCAAACCAAUUCAUUGUGAUGUGAAGCUAUCAUUUAUAAUCGUUGGUAUCAAAAGAAUAAAGCCAGGAUAUGGUGUUUUUGACAUGAAGGAAGACAUGGCAGAAGUGACAUUCUCUCAAUUUGUAAGAUGCUAAAAAACAGAUGAAUUUGUUCCUUUAAGGACUAAGAUUCGACUGUUUUCCAGUUUCCAAAGGCAAGAGAUAACUGCCUAUAAAGAAUUUUGCUGUUGACAUUCUGUAUUUUAAUGUUUUGCACUCGAAUUUGUUGUGAAGUAAUAAGCUGUGAACUUGCCUUAAUAAGAAAAACAACUCUGCAGCCCUAAAUCUUUUCCCAUUUAACAGGCCUAAGAAUGAAAAAAAGUAUGAGCCCUAGGCACACUGUGACCUCCAGGUCAACUGGGCCUCAAAAAAGGGUGAAAUGCACCUAGGAUUUUGUUAAACUAGAUGUUUUUAGUAAAUGGACUGUGAAACAAAA